AUGAAUGAACAAACUCCAAGUAUAAAUAUCUUGAAAAAGGAAUUAAAAAUUACAGAAAAAUAUUUAAUCUGUACUGAAGAUAAAAUUUGUGCCACUAUACAUAAACAAUGGUUAUCUAGUCUUUUACAUCUUAAUCCUGUUGAAUUUAUAACUCAUGAUCAGUUUAAUCCAGAUGAAAUAGCUGCACAACCUUCAUUAGAUGAGUUAGGAACAGAAUGGUUAAGAGUUUAUAUUAAGGUUUACAAAAAAAUAUAUAAAAAUACAGUUACAUUACCAAUAGAAAGAUGUACCUUGUCUAGUUUAAAAACAGAAACUGAGUUAACAUUUUCAGAGGUAUUACACUAUGUAUCAAAAACAAAUUAUCAAAAUGUAUGGAAAGAUUUUUAUAAGAAAUAUUUUGCUCCUUGGACUACAUUGGAUCAACAGGAAGAAAUAAAUGUAACUGAAUAUACAAGUGAUGUAGAAUUAAUGAAAGAAAUAAUAACUCGUAUGUAUGGUUGUACUAUAAUUCAAUUUCUAGAAAAUAAUUUGACACUUAUUAAGGCUCCUGUCUGUGGUCGUACACAUUGUAAUUUAUUACCUGCUAUAAUAGCAAUAGAAACUGAAUCUGCAUUCAUAAUAUUUUAUGAACAAACUACAAAAUACUCUCUUAGAGAAUGUGUAACCUACAGUCCUGCUGCAAUAUCCACAAGUUAUGCAAAGCCACUUUUUCUUACAUAUCAGCUUCUUCGAUUAUCUAGAGAUUUACAUGACUGUGGUUUAUUAUUAGGUGAAGUUACGCUUUCUGAUAUUUUAAUAAUGGAUAAUCUGAAUAUUCAGGUACUACCAAAUUUGUAUGAUAAUCUUCACAUAAUAGAGAAAUCUAAUAGUAAUGACAAAAGUAUAUCCAAUAAAAAAUUUAACCUAAAGAAUGAUACAAAUUUAAAUAUUACUGAUUUAUGUGAAAUGUGGUUGCAUGGUCAAAUGAGUAAUUUCGAUUACUUAACUGCUUUAAAUGACUUGGCUGGUAAAAGAUAUGGAGAUCCUAGUUGCCAUCAUGUAAUGCCAUGGGUAACAGAUUUUUCAUCAAGAUGUGGUGAGAAUUGGAGAGAUUUUACAAAAUCUAAAUUUAGAUUAAAUAAAGGAGAUAGACAACUUGAUCUCACUUUUGAUCCUGAAUCAACCGAAGUUGGUUAUCAUGUGUCUGAUGUACUUUCAGAAAUAACUUAUUAUGUUUAUCUUUCAAGACGUUAUUCAAGGUCUAUUUUAUGUAAACAUGUUCGUCCAUUAUGGGUACCUGGUGAAUAUCCUGCAUCCAUUCAAAGAUUGUAUGAUUGGAGUCCUGAUGAGUGCAUACCACAAUUUUUUACAGAUCCAAAUGUUUUUAAAUCUAUUCAUGAGGAUUUACCAGACUUAGAAAUACCCAGUUGGGCAAGUUCUCCAGAAGAUUUUAUUGAAAAACAUUAUGAGUCUUUAGAAAGUUCUUAUGUUUCUGAACGAUUACAUCAUUGGAUUGACUUAACUUUUGGUUAUAAGCUUUCAGGAUUAGCAGCUGUAAAAUCGAAAAAUGUUUGUUUACAUCUUGUAGAUAAUCAUACAAAUCUUUCAAAUUUUGGUGUGGUACAAUUAUUUACUAACCCACAUCCUCAAAAAAUUGUACAAUCUGCAUAUUGGAAUAAAAUUCCUCCUAGAUUACACAGUUUUAUAAUAGAUGAAAAAUUGUCAAGUAGUGACUAUCUUAUUGUCAAAGAUAUAAAUAAUGAACAUCAAAGUUCGGGUGAUGAAGAAUCACAAAUAAUGACAGUAACAAAUGCAACGCGUUCGUCACCAUUAACAUUCAGUCGUCUUCUUAGUCGUUCACGCAGCUCUUUGCCACUUUUUGAUGACAAUAUGAAACAAGAAAAAGUGAGCGAACAUCCCAUUUUUCUACCCAAAGAUUACAAUCCAAUUUCGAUUAUUUUUCAAGUUGAAACAAGUCACACAUUUAUAAAUAAAGUCAGUCAUAAAAUGUACGAGCCAAGAAUAACGUCCGCCGACAACAAACCAAAUCAAAAACAAAUUGUAGUUACAGCUAGAAUAAAUGAACAUCAGGUACUCGGUUGUUUGAUUGUUGAAAUAUUUCUUGCUGAAAAAUUCCGAUCUAUUUGGAAAAUUGAAAAAAUAUCAUUUGAUAGUCGCCUGAAUGCAAACUUAAAUAUUAUUAAAAAAUCACCUAAUGCUCUACCAAAAUGCAUACGGAAUGCUGCUAUGUUAUUAUUAAAAAUUGAUACCAUUCCUAAAAGCUAUAACAUCGAUUUUUUAGAGAAUGGAAAUGGUUUUGAUCAAAAUAAUGUCGGCAUUUGCCGAUAUCCAACGAUCACGAAUAUGGGAUUACCACCACCCUCAGCGCACCAAAUACUUCAACCACUUCUUUGUGGUUUUCUGUUUCCUUCUUCAAAAUAUUUUCAUUAUUUAUAUAGUGUUGUAGAAAUGAUACAAGAGUAUAAUAAUCUUUCGCGGGAAUUAGAUCAGGCCACGCAAACCGUUGAUGACGAUCGAAGUAUGGAAAGAACAAAAAUCAUAUUUCUUUGCAAGAUCAACGAAUGUAAAGUUAAAGCUAUUGCCAAUGAGCUAGAGAAGUUACUUCUGUUUGAUCAUUUAAAUACGGAAACGAGUCUUCAGUUAAUAGUUCCUCAUGUGAAGCAAAUUUUUGAACAGCCACUAAGUUCAGUACUUGCUGCUUGGUAUUUAUUCGACCCUAUUGCCAGAGCACUUGGUCCUAGAAGAACUAUUAAAACAUUUCUUGUUCCGAUAAUGAAAAUGUAUGAUAGAGGUUCCCUUAUGGAUAAAUUAUCGUUCGCAAAUAUAUUUCCAGGAAAUUUAGUUACAAAAUUCAAGUCUGUAAGAUUGUAUCAUAGGAGUUUUCUACUAAAAUUAAUGGUUCGUUUGGGCUUAAAAUGCUUUUUAGAAAAUUUUAUUACUCCUCUUGUAGAAGCUGUUGGUGGUUAUAGAAAUCAUUUAUCUGGAUCUCUAAAUUUAAAUUUGGAUAAAGCUGGAAUACUUAAAGACUGUAAUUUAACUGACAGCACUAAUGAUAUAGAUAUGGUUCUCUCUCCUUUAGAUGAAGAUUCUUCUGUUGAAUCAGAACAUAUAUUUCUUGUAUUAAAUGAAUUAAAUUCAGAUAGAAAAAUUCAUGGUGUUCCUGAAAAUAGUGAUGGUGUUUGUCUAAUGGAAGCCGAGGAAAUAUUCUUAUCAUCGUCCAAUAUUCAUACACCUGAAACUUUAAAUUUCAACUUUAUUCAAGAGAUUGAAGAAUUUUCAUGUGAAUCAAAAGUAUCUGUCGUAAGCAAUGCAAAGUCUUCUAUAAUUUCUAUUCCUAAAACAGAUAUUUCCACUGGAAAAUGUAUAUCAGAAUUUAAUAGUAUUUGCUGUAAAGUAGGAAGUACAAAUGAGGAUCUUACGUUUUUCAAUUUUUAUACUGAUACAAACAACUCUUCCAAAUAUGAAUCGAGUGCUGGUAAAGAAGAUAAGACCUUUGUUGAACCAGAAUCUUCAUUUUUGUAUGUUCGAAAAGAAGACGAAUUACAUGGCACUAAGAAAAUUCACAACGUGGAAGAAAUGAAGAAACAUCGUCGAUUUAUUUACACUGAAUGCUCAGCCUCAGAGAUGAGUGCUGAGUCUGUCAUUUGGUUGUCUCACAGACUUGGACCCGUACUCACAUCACGCUAUUUAUCACGCAACCUCUUAAAAAUGUUAACUCUCUGUUAUUUUUCAAAAGAGAAUCUUGUACCGAGUUUUGAUAAUGGUGAACGUUCUGAUGACUUUGAAUCAAAUAGGUUAAAGCUUUCAGGUGAUGCCAAUGCUGCAAAGGUUCUUGAGUGUCUAGGUUCUAUUGUUGGUUUAUAUGGGGAACAUACAAUUAUUUUGCAAUAUUUUUCUCAUAUGACUGAACUCGUGGCACAAUGCAAACGUAAAUUAACGCCAAAUUUAGAAGGAGGACUUAUUUCAUGUCUAAUUUUACUUAUAUACGUUAUUCCUUAUCUAACAGAUUCUUCACUUAUGGAUAUUAUUCAUGAAGGAAUUGUAAAAUCAAUCUUAUUACCUAUUGCUCGGAUAUUCUCAACUAGUAAAUUUAUGUUCCCAAAUGGAGCAACAGCGCGUUUUGUCUUAACAAAUAAAUAUUUAGAAGCUUUAUUUAUUUUAAUAAUGCGUUUGGGAAAUGUAAUGGCAAAAAAUCACUUAACUGUACCCAUUCAACGAUUCUUUGGAGCAUUUGAUAAAGUUUUCAAUAAUGAGCAACCUGAAAAAAAUGAAUCACAGUCAAAUACAUUAAAACAAAAUAACUUUUUAAGUAAGCUUCAUAAAAAAUCUAUCGUAAAUAUUGCUGAAAUCAAUUCAUUUUCACCUUCAAUGAUAGAAAUUACAAAUAAUGUAAACUCCAAAACAAAUAAGGCAGUUGAAGAAUUGAAAGAAGUUUUCUCAGCUUCACUAGCUCACCGAGCCUAUGUAACAUUUUAUCGUCUGCUAAGUGAUGAAAUUAUGGAGGAAUUAAUUAAAGAUCAUCAACUUAUAAGAGAUUUAUUUCACGAAUUUGAACAAGAAUUACUUUUCCCAGCGUCAUCAAGUAUUCCUUCAGAAAAUAAAACGUUUUUGGAUUGCAAUACCAAAGGCUUUGGUAAAAUAUCCACUAUUGGCAACAAAAUUAAAGUACAGACAAUGAAUGAUUCUUUAAUGAUCAAAGAGUCAAAUUCUUUUUCAUCUACAGGACGACAUCUUAGAGGAAAUUGGCUUGCUUACUGGGAACAUGAAAUUGGUAGAUCAGACAAGGACACAAAAUUUAAUAUCAAACAAAUAAAACUUCAAACAUUCACUGGUCACACUAAUAGUAUUAGAUGUUUAUAUGCCUUAGACAAUGAAAACAGUUUUAUGAGUGGCGCUCGAGAUCGUAUGGUUAAGUUAUGGAGUUUAAGAAGUCAAGGAGAUGGUAGCAUUGUAUCCUCCUGUCAAUAUACAUAUGGAGGUCACAAAAAAUCCAUUCUUGCCUUAACGUUUCUGGAAUCUCUUCGAUAUGCAGUUACUUGCGACGGAUCCAUUCAUUGUUGGGAUCCAUUUAUAGGCUCCUUUUUAGGUUGUCCUGAAUCGUCUCGACUAACACCAGUAAAUGUAUUAGUUGCAAAUCCAGCUCCUUCUAUGACAAUUCUUGUUGCCACUGCAGAUAUAAUGCUAAGAGUCAUUGAUUGUAGAACAUUUCAAUAUGUUAACGAAAUGAAGGUAUCAAUGAAUCCUACUGGCUUAGUUAGAUGCAUAGCAGUAGCUCCAAGUGGUACCUGGGUUGCUCUUGGACAAACUUCUGGACUUCUUACAAUUUUGGAUAUUCGUACUGGGCUAAUAAUUACGUCUUGGAAAGGACAUGAAUGUGAGAUUCUUCAAUUGGAGGCAUUGAAUGAAACAACAAUAAUUAGUUCUUCUCUUGAUCAAACCAUUGCAGUAUGGAGCGCAAUAGAUGGAAAAUUGAAGUUUUAUUUAAAAGGUGUGACAGAACCAAUACAUUGCAUGGCAGUAUAUGAACAACAACUCAUAUCAGGAACAACUGCAAAUAGAAUAGGUGUACAUUCAGCAUUGGAAGAUUCUGUAACUUAUUCUUUUUCAAAACUUCGUCAAGAUACUUUUAAAGGUGUAUUAACUGCAAUGUCUAUUCUACCGUUAAAUAGACUUUUAUUAUUAGGAGCAGAUAAUGGUAUUAUAAAUUUAAUAUGCUGA